AUGUCAAGCUCAGACAUCCCGAUCGCUGACUCCACACUCCCGUGGGUUUCCUACAAGGGCGAACGACCCAAAGUCUUGGUGUCAGUAUCUCCUCUAUUCAACAUGCUAGGGAUCACAACUCACCUUAUUGCAAGACCCGUCGGACCAGGCCCGAUGCGCACUGUCAAAGCCGGGACUGGCGCAGAACAAAUCACCUUCGAAGUCUCCUUAGAAUUCUGCAGAAGCGAGGAAAAUAGGAACCUGUUAUUCCUAGAAGCCGACCCAGGCGAGAAAAGCUUCCUGGCGUUUGAAGAUAGGCAUCCAGAUUGCAUACAGGACGUCCUGGAAUUCUACUCCGCAGACAAGGGGCAACCAAAUUUGCUGCCCACGCUUACCACAAUGAAAGCCGCAUGGUUGAACUUGGGUAUAACGAAGUUCUGCAAAUAUGUUACGGACUUGAACAAAGAGUUGCAAGUGUACGGCUUCAUGGACGCGAUAUGCUUUGCGCGAGAGAAAGGAGAAGACCCAACCAAGGAUGCAAGCUGCAGAGAGGAGAUGCAAAAGCUUAAGAUGCUUAUGCAGAAGCCGGGAUUCGAAAACGCAAUCAAAGAAAUCAGCAGGCCGGUUGAGAAGAAAAAGACUGCUACCUCUUCCUAG